ACUACUAUCAUUCCUUUCCACCGCUCUCACAAAAACCCUACACCCUAAACCUUAGGGUUUUUCAGAGCAUAGCCUCCGCCCCACUUUUUCUAUAUUCUUUUCGUUUUUCAUAUCUAAACCCUAGAUUACCCUCUCAAAUGGGCAAAUCAAGCAAGAAGUCAGCCUCCAAAGUCGAUGCAGCUCCUGCUGUAGUCCCACCUUCUAAGGCUGUCAAGAAAGGUAAGAGAGAAGCCGAGAAUGUGAUAGAGAAGGCGGUGAAUGUAAAGAAGCAGAAGAGGGAUGAGGGUGUACAGCAGGCUAUUCAGAAGAAGAAAGUUGAAGCAAAGACGCAAAAGAAGAAGCAAGAAACUAGUAGUUCUGAGGAGUCGGAUUUGUCUUCAUCAGACUCUGAUGUAAAGAAACCCGCUCCAAAAGCUGCUAAAAAUGGUAAAGGCAUCCCAUCCAGCAGUUCUGACUCUUCAGAUGAUGAUUCUGAUGAAAAACCUACUUCCAAGCCUUCUGCUCCUUCAAAAAAGUCUGUUCCUGCUAAAAACGGGACAGCUGGAGCUGGUGUUAAGAAAGCUGCUCCAUCCAGCAGUUCAGAUGAAUCAGAUGAAUCUGAUGAGGAAGAAGUUCCUAAAACCAAGGUAACUGCCAAGAAUGGCCCAACUGCCGCUCCAAAGAAGAAGGAUGACUCAACUGACAGCUCAGAUGAGUCAAGUGAUGAUGAUGAAACCCCUGCAAAGGGUACUUCCCAAGUGCCUGCUGCUACGAAGAAAGGUCCAGCAGUGGCUGCUAAGGAGGACACUAGUAGCAGCUCUGAAGAGGAGAGUGAUGACGAUGAGGAAGAAAUUGUGAAUAAAGUAUCUGCUGUAACUCCUAAAGGGAGGGAGGAGGAUUCUACUGAUAGCUCCUCUGAAGAUAGUUCAGAGGAUGAGAAGGUAACAGCUAAAGGUGUUGCCCCCACAGCUAAGAGGGCUCAACCAUCAAAAAAGACUGAUGAGAGUUCAGAAGAAAGUGAUUCUGAUGAAGACGAUGAUGAUGAGCCUCAAAAUAAAAAGCCAAAGGUGUCAGCUACUUCAAAUGCUGCAAAACCAAGUGCAAAAGCUGCUCAGAAGGAUUUCACUUCUGAAAGUUCAGAGGAGGAUAGUGACGAUGAUAGUUCAGAUGAGGAGCCCUCAAAGGCAGAGAAAGUAAAGAAGCCUUCCCAAGUGUCAAAGAAAGAUAGUAGCGAAUCUGAUGAGUCUUCAUCAUCAGAAGAAGAGGAGGAUGAACCUGCAAAGACUCCAAAGAAAAAGGAUACUGAUGUUGAAAUGGUAGAUGCUGAUUCGAAGUCCGAGAAUAAAGCUCCCAAAACCCCUGCUACUCCUGAAGCAACAACUUCCAAGACUUUGUUUGUUGGAAACCUGUCAUUCAAUGUUGAGCGGGCUGAUGUUGAAAAUUUCUUUAAGGAUGCUGGUGAAAUUGUUGAUGUCCGUUUCACCACAACUGAAGAUGGGGUGUUUAGGGGCUUUGGGCAUGUGGAAUUUGCCACAUCAGAAGCAGCACAGAAGGCUCUUGAAUUACAUGGUGUGGAGCUGCUGGGCCGUGGAGUGAGACUUGAUCUUGCUCGUGAAAGGGGUUCUUAUACCCCACAUAGCGGCAAAGAGGGGAACUCAUAUCAGAAGGGUGGACAAGGCCAGUCUACAAUAUUUAUUCGAGGUUUUGAUACAUCCCAAGGGGAGGAUGAGAUCAGGAGCUCCCUGCAAGAAUUUUUUGGUGGUUGUGGAGAGAUAACAAGGUUGUCCAUUCCAAAAGAUUAUGAGACUCAAGCACCCAAGGGGAUGGCUUACUUGGAGUUCCAGGAUGGGGAUAGUUUCAAAAAAGCUCUACAACUUAACCAAGCUAACUUUGGAAAGUGCACCUUGACAGUACAAGAGGCCAAACCACGAGCUGAUAUUGGUGGUAGUGGCAGAGGUGGUGGUGGCAGGAGUGGUGGUGGCCGUUUUGGUGGUAGGGACAGUGGUGGCCGUUUUGGUGGUAGGGACAGUGGUGGCCGUUUUGGUGGUAGGCGUGGAGGUGGAGGUGGCCGGGGUUUUUCUGGUGGACAUGGUAGAGGAGGACGUGGAGGGUCGAACAAGCCAAAUCUAGCUGCUCCUGGAACAGGGAAGAAGACUACCUUCAGUGAGGAUUAGUUAUGCCAAGAGAAAGAUUUGGAGCUUUUGUUUAACUGUUAUUAUUAUUAUUUUUAAUUUUAUUUUGCAAGGCAUGUCUGGUUUUGACUUGAACUUCGAUAUGAACUAUAAUGUGAGAGUGAUCAGUGGAAUUUCUGGAAUUGACGUUAUGAAUUAAUUUUGAGCAUUAAUAUAGUAUUUUUUACUUCAAAA